AUGUUGGCUUGAUGCUGUCUAUUGGGGCAUUAAGGCAUAGGCAACUAGUUUAAUGUUGGCUUGAUGCUGUCCAUUGUUCAUUGUGAUGUUGCAUAGUUGUAAAAUGGAUCCUUCAGGGAAUAUGGGAUGCCAUCUAUCUCCUAUCUUUCUACUGUCCUCUUUCUAUGUUACUUCUUUGGGCUUCAUGUUUUGUGGUCCUUAGUUGGAGCUAAGAUUGGAUCCAAAAUCAAGAUGCCAUCUCAGAAAGCUUGGUCCUUAUUAAUUAGGUUCUUUAGCUCGCUAUGGUGUGGAUACUUAUUCAACAUAAUCUAUACUCGACAGUUAAUAAUUGUAUGUGUUGUGGAUCCUUUGGAGAUAAGGGUGGCAAUGCCCUUAUCUUAUCCUGCUAUCUCUUAGUGGGUUUCCUUAAGGGAGCUUUGCUAAGAGUGAGAGGAUCCGAUAUCAAAAUGUCGUCUCAGAAAGCUAGGGCCAUUCUUCAUUGGUUCUCAGCUCGCUAUGGUGACAAUAUUCAUAACUCAACAAAUAACUAUUAGGUGUGUUUUGGAUUCUUUGGAGAUAAGGGUGGCUAUACCCUUGUUUUAUCCUACUGUCUCUUAGUGGGUUUCCUCAAGGGAGCUUUGCGAAGAGUGAGAGGAUCCAAUAACAAAAUGUCUUCUCAGAAAGCUAGCACCAUUCUUCAUUGGUUCUCAGCUCGCUAUGGUGACAAUACUCGUAAGAAUAAACUUAUAGGUGUUCUUGGAUCCUUUUGGAGAUGCUAGCACCAUUCUUCAUUGGUUCUCAGCUCGCUAUGGUGACAAUACUCGUAAGAAUAAACUUAUAGGUGUUCUUGGAUCCUUUUGGAGAUGAGGAUGGCAAUGCCCUUAUCUUAUCCUGCUAUCUCUUAGUGGGUUUCCUUAAGGGGGAGCUUUGCCAAGAGUGAGAGGAUCCGAUAUCAAGAUGUCGUCUCAGAAAGCUAGCACCAUUCUUCAUUGGUUCUCUGCUUGCUAUGAUGACAAUACUCCUGUCAUUGGACUUUAAGAGAACAAAUAUUGUGCUAAACUUGGGUCAUUUAAUUAGUUAGGUAUUUGCUGCAUUAUUCUUUAACCCAUUUUCCUUAUUACUAUAAAUGUUUGAUUGAAAUGACUAUGUAGGUUCCUAUCUAUUAUCUUGAAAUUAAAUUUUGAGCAUAAAUUUGAGUUGAAGGGUUUUAUGACUUUAUCUUGUAGUUGUUUCAUGAGAAUCCAAUUUUCAGAAUAUAUUUAUCCCUCAUUAUUUGGAUGAUAUAUGUGUUUAAGGGUUUGAGAUAGGGAAGAUUUGCAUCAAUAUUUUUCUGUUUGGGUGACAUGUAAUAUUUACUAAACCAUAAGUACUGCAACCGUUUGAAUUUGGACUUACUUUUCUUGCUUGACUGCAGAGAUCCUUCGCCUGCCCACUUGAAGACUGCCCCUUCAGCUAUAUAAGAAAAGAUCACUUGAACCGGCAUAUGCUUACACAUGAGGGCAAGUUGUUUACAUGCCCUCUAGAAGGUUGUGGCAAGAGGUUCAGCAUCAAGGCAAAUAUUCAAAGACAUGUUAAGGAAAUGCAUGAGGAUGAGCACGAAUGCAAAAUCGAUGACACUAAAAGCAACCAACAGGUUAUUUGCCAGGAGGAGGGCUGUAAAAAGGCUUUCAAGUAUCCUUCACAGCUGAAGAAACAUGAGGAGUCACAUGCCAAAUUGGACUAUGUGGAAGUAGUCUGCUGUGAGCCUGGCUGCUUGAAGACAUUCACAAAUGCCAAGUGCCUGAGGGCUCAUAACCAGUCUUGCCAUCUAUAUACUCACUGUGAUAUUUGUGGGGAGAAACACCUGAGGAAGAACAUUAAAAGGCAUCUACGAGCUCACGACGAAGUGCACUCUACUGAAAGGUUGAAAUGCAGUUUUGAUGGCUGUGAAUGCUCCUUCUCCACCAAAUCAAAUCUAAACAAGCAUAUGAAGGCGUGCCACGACCAAGUCAGACCUUUUGAGUGUCGGGUCGCGGGGUGUGGCAAGACAUUCCCCUACAAGCAUGUCAGGGACAAUCAUGAGAAGUCGAGUUGUCAUGUAUACGUAGAGGGCGACUAUGAGGAGAUGGACGAGCAGCUGCGCUCGCGCCGAGGAGGUGGGCGGAAGAGGUCGGCUGUGACGGUCGAGACGCUGACUCGCAAGAGGGUCACCAUCCCCAGCGAGGUCUCAUCGCUUGAUGAUGGGGCGGAGUACAUGCGCUGGAUGCUCUCCGACGGGGAUGAUUCGAACCAACGCUGAGUAGGCGUGUGCUGUGUAUGUUGUUGCAGUACGUUUUUGAGGUUGUCAAAUGUAUAGGGGGUCUCUACGGUGUUUGGUGCUCAAGUCGGUGUAGUUGCGUGGAAAUCGUGUUUGUGUGUAUUUAUGCAGAGUUCUGAUUUAGUAAGUAUAUAUAGUACUAGUAAGUGAAGCAGUCGUGUUAUAUACGGGUAGUAAGUAACUGGUUUGGAGAUAGUAGCAGUCUGGGCCUUUGAGUUGUUGUACUUGUAAUAGCCAUCUUGAAGCUGGGUUGUGUUUUGUUGUCGAAUUGGUUGAAUAUGUGCAUGUUUUAACCAAGAGACUACUCCUAAAUACUGCUAGUAGAAAGUUGGGUCACCUAUUUUGGAA